UUGUCAGUUAAGUUUUGCCUUUUCAGCAACAAAGUUUAUUGCAUCAGUGAUUUAUGAGACUUUUCUCUUAAUUUUGUAAAACCAAAUAUAUGUGAAAAGAAGUAUAUAAGUGAAGAAGGAAUAACCUAAUAUUUAAAAAAAAAUCUUGUAAAAAAAUGUCAAUCUCAUGUGAAAUUGAUUUUGAAAGGAAUCCGCUAAAAGUGAUUCACUCUGGUCAGCAAUUGCGCGGCAUUGUUAGUCUAAAGUUUAAAAAACAAAAGAAGGUUUGCGGUAUCUAUAUCCGGUUAUAUGGUGGGGCGUAUGCAAGUUGGACUGAAUUUGAUCUUUUAAACUUUGGAUGCGAUCGUAUUUUUUGUUAUGAUUAUACAAAAACCUAUACGGUCAAAGAAGAGCAUUUCAAUGAACGAGCAUACUUUUUGGGCGAUGAUAGUGGUGUGUGUGUUGGAAGCCAACGUUUAAAAAAAUCACCGCUCAUAUUUAAAAUGUCACCCGGUGUGCAUAGUUAUACAUUUGAUUGUACGUUACCAUCAACACUGCCGACGUCCGUGGAGGGGAAACACGGUCACAUAAAAUACUUGACUUGUGUUGUGGUCGAUGUUUUGCAUUCAGAGAAGCGUGUAUUUCAGCAGCCAUUCACUGUUAUCAAGCCGAUUGAUUUGAAUGCUGAACCAGAAUUUCGAAAUCCGAUUAUUGCAAAGUUAACCACAGAUGAUAUGCAAAUUUUUGUGCUAGUACCAGUUUGCGGAUACACUCCCGGCCAAGUAAUCAAUCUUGAAAUUGAUGUAAACAAUAAAAGCAAGCGGUCAAUCACUGAAUUUGGCAUUGAGCUCGUUAGAGAAAUUGUUUACUCCAAAUCUGCCAAGAGCAAUCAUCACAAAGUGGAAAGAGUUUCGAUUGUAAAAACAAAAACACGUGGCUGCGAAAAAUAUCAAAGCGAAAUCAUUGCUGCAAAUAUCCCAUUGCCGUCGAUUCCACCAACGGAUCUCACAACAAAUCCCAUUCUUAAAAUCAGCUAUUUCAUGCGCGUUGUUGGCUUCGUUAAUUCGGUUUUCUUUCGCAAUGACAAUCCGAAGCUUGAAUUUCCAAUUACUAUUGGCUCGCGUCCAAUUCAAGAUGAUUCGCCGUAUUCAAACUGGAACAAUGGCCGAAUACCAUUCGAUCAACAUGAUUUAAACAAAGAACGAUUCAUUUAUGAAGAAACUCUACGAAGAUAUGGCGCAAUUGGCAGCAAUUUCAGACCAACGUAUCCAGUAUUUAAAAGAGAAACUUCAUAUUCCAUUCAAAACUAAAAACAAACUGACUUUCGGAGCUAGACACAACACAAUCUUCAUAUGUGCACUUGGAAAUUCGGAUUAUUCGGUGUAAUUAAGUAAUUGUUGGGUGAACUUUA